AUGGGAAACCGACAAUCAAAACGACGAUACUUCAAACCAUCUGCCGAAGGAAUUUCUAGUACAAGUAGUGAUGAAUAUUCAUCAAGUUCAACAGAUUCAAGUUUUCGAUAUGUGAACGGCCGAAAAUUUUAUCGAGAUAUUCCUAAUGUAUUCCCAGUUGACGAAAAAGAAGCGAUACGAAACGAGAAAAAACAAACCAUAGCAAGACUUGUAUGGCAAGGGAAUUUCUCUUCGCCAAUUGAAGAUCUUUUAAAAACUGGUGGAUUAAAAAUACUAGAUGUUGGAUGUGGUCCAGGAACAUGGAUAAUUGAAAUGGCCAAAACGUAUCCAUUAUGCACAUUCACAGGUGUUGACAUUACUCCAAUUUAUCCCUUAAGAAAACUGCCAAAAAAUGUUGAUUUCAUAGAAGCCAAUAUCCUUGAUGGUAUACCACUCGAGAGCGGCGGAUUCGAUUUUGUGGUUAUGCAUUUUUUAACUGGCUGUUUCACAUCACGGCAGUGGGAAUCGACAAUCAUUCAGGAAGUUGUUCGUGUUAUGAAAUCUGGAGCAUGGUUUGAAUGGAUGGAGAUUGGUAUUAUCCAAAAUCAAGGGGAGAUUACGAAAAAAUUAUCGCAAGCUUUCCUGUCGGCAGUGAAGUCGCAAGGUAUGAAUCCGUGGUUGUGCGUCGAAUUUCCAAAAAUAUUAGAUAAUUCAGGAAUGUUUAUAAAUAUAAGGCGUGGAGAACGACAAGUUACGUAUAGUUCUGCUGCGGGAAAAUGUGGCGAAUUAUCUAAGGAGGUCUUCUUUGAAGUGUUACAAGGUUUGAAAAAACAAUCUAUGGAAUUUAUGAGUAUCACAUCUCACGAAUACGACCGGCUACUCAAUAUGGUACUAGAAGAAUUUGAACAAUAUCAAACAUACAACAUGUAUUAUCGGUAUUGUGGGCAACGAAUUGAUGACUAG